AUGCCCCGGGUCCUGGAACGAGCGGACGGCAGAUGGGCCUGGGUGGUCCUGCUCGCCUCACUGGUCACCCAGGCCCUCACUGUGAGCUUCCCUUCCUGCAUCGGCAUCUUCUUCACCGAACUGCAGCGUGACUUCCAGGCCAGCAACAGUGAGACCUCAUGGUUUCCCUCCAUCAUGGGGGCCAUGCUCAAUGGUGGGGGGCCCCUGUGCAGCAUCUUGAUCAAACAUUUCGGCUGCCGAGUGACCGUGAUGCUGGGGGGUGUGCUGGCCAGCCUGGGCAUGGUGGCUAGCACCUUCUCUAGCUCACUCAUCCACCUCUUCCUCACCGCGGGACUGAUCACAGGCCUGGGCAUGAGUUUCAGCUUCCAGUCGAGCGUCACGGUAGUGGGCUUGUAUUUUGUCCGCCGGCGGCCACUAGCCAAUGCACUGGCCUCCAUAGGAAUCUCCAUGGGCGUCACCCUCUGGCCCCUGCUGGCCCGAUAUCUUCUGGAAACCCUGGGCUGGAGAGGAGCCUUCCUCAUCUUCGGUGCCAUCUUUCUCCACUGUUGUGUAUGUGGAGCCAUGCUGAGGCCUGUUGCCACCAAUGUGGGACCUGAGCCCAAAGAAGAUCCCCUUCUACCUCCCAAGAUACCUACACGCAGCUGCCUGGGAACAUGUGUCUCAAGCAUCCAGUACCACCUGGCCUUUGACAUCCUUCGGCACAAUAUGUCCUUCUGCAUAUACGUCAUGGGUGCGACCUGGAUGAUUCUGGGUCUUUCGCUACCACAUACCUUCCUGGUGCCAUACGCUAUGAAUCAUGGGAUAGAUGAAUACUGGGCAGCCAUGCUCAUAUCUGUUAUCGGCUUCUGCAACAUCUUCUUGCGACCAGGGGCAGGGCUGCUGGCAGGCAGGAAGAGCUUGGCCGCCUACCGGAAGUACCUGUUUGCCACAGCGAUCUUCAUCAACGGGCUCACCAACCUAAUCUGCACAGUGUCGGCAGACUUCUGGGUGCUCCUGGGCUAUUCCCUGUUGUUCAGCCUGUCCAUGUGUGGAACUGGGAUCCUCAUCUUCCAGGUUCUAAUGGACAUUGUCCCGAUGGAUCGGUUCCCCAGUGCCCUGGGCUUCUUCAGCGUCCUGUGUGGCGUGGCUUCUCUCAUCUCUCCACCAAUGGCUGGAUGGCUACUGGACAAGACCAACAACGACUUCAGCUAUGUUUUCUACAUGUCGAGCGGCUUCCUCCUCUCAGGCUCUCUUUUCAUGGGUGUGGGCUUCUAUGCCGCAGAGAAGAAGACGCUGAAGCAAGAUGGGCAAGCCAAGAUGGAGGAUCCCACCUCAGAGAUUACCUCAACACAUGAUCUUACCUCAGAAGACAAGGACAGUGCCAAGAAGCAACCGUACCCUAAAAACAUCUCUAUGACCAAUGUCUGAACUCCAGAGGUUGCAUAUGGCCUGGCUCUAAGCUCUGAAGUCAGUGGGAGAAACCCUCCUUCCAGGAAGUAGGGUGUACAAGUGGGCCUUCCUGGAUUUCGUCUUCGGGUCCCACAAAGAUUGGUCUGAGUCUUGCAUGAAGCACUCAUGGCUAGCUGCCUUGCACUGGCUCUACCCAGCUGGUCCUACAACCCAACACUUUGGGGCUUCUCAUCCAGCCUUCCCAUGUCGACUGUCUUUGUCCUUCUUGGCCUCAGACUAUUUCGAAGAAUUUGCCUUUCUUCCAAGAACAUAACUUAGUCCUCUUUUCUUCCCAAAUAACCAACCCUGACCCCAUCAGGUCAGGAAGGUUAAUUAAGGGUGCUGCUUCGAGAGGCUGAGAGUCUCAUGCUAACUGGAGCCAUAGUGGAGGCACAGAUGAAGGACCAGGGGGAGAAGUUGGCCUUGGUACAAGAUUGGUACUAAUGGGCUGUUUGAGGGAACACUGGUCCUGACACCUCUGCAGAGAUCAGGGAAAGAAACUUCUCUGCUGUCCUGGAAGGAGCCCUCUUGAUCGGGUCUCAGAAGUUAUAUAGACUGAAGAGUCUUCAGCCACGGAACAGGGCCUAAGCCAGAAUCUUCUCUUUUACCGGACUCUGUAGCCACGUAGGGGAAGGCAGACCUUGGACUAACCAGGAGACAAGAAGGCAGGCUAGGUAACUUAAGAAAAAAAAAACAAAACCUGGGCCUAUAUA